AUGUCCGCAUCAGCCCCUCCUCUCUCAGGGACCCGCGUGGUGGAACUGGCGGGACUGGCACCCGGUCCAUUUGCAGGACUUCUACUGGCCGACUACGGCGCGUCAGUCCUGCGGAUUGAUCGACCCAAUGCCAUAAGCACCGACCAACUGACCCGACGCAAAACGUCCAUCACGUUGGAUCUCCGCGAUGUGGCGUCGCGACGGGUUCUCUUCGCGGCUCUCUCCUCGGCCGACGUCCUGAUCGACCCCUACCGUCCGGGCGUCCUGGAACGUCUUGGACUGUCACCCUCGGAGGUGCUCUUGAAGCACAACCCUCGUCUGAUCGUCGCCCGUAUGACAGGGUUCCGCCGGGACGGGAAGUACAAGGACAUGGCAGGCCAUGACAUCAACUAUAUUGCCGUGUCGGGGGUUCUGUCCAUGCUUGGUCGCUCGGACGCGUCACCCUACGCACCGGGGAAUAUCAUCGGCGACUUCGCCGGCGGCGGAGCCAUGUGUUUCUUGGGGAUUCUGCUGGCAUUGCUGACUCGCUCGCGGACGGGACGCGGCCAAGUCGUGGAGGCCAACAUGGUGGAUGGGUCUGCAUAUCUCGCCACGAUGCCGCGGUUGAACCGCCAGUCGGUGACGUGGGAUCAGCCACGUGGGGAGAAUCUGCUGGACGGCGGGUCUCCGUUCUACGACACCUACGAGACUAAAGAUACGGGCAAAUACUUCGCGGUGGGAGCGUUGGAGCCCCAGUUCUACGCGGCACUGCUGAAGGGGCUCGGGUUCGGUCCCGACGAGUUGCCGGCGCAGAUGGAUCGGGAGAACUGGCCGGUCCUGCGAGCGGCUUUUGCCCAGAGGUUCCGCGAGAAGACGCGCGCCGAGUGGGAGGCCAUCUUCGACGGCACCGAUGCCUGCGCGACUCCCGUGUUGGAACAGGGUGAACUGGAACAGAGUGGGUAUGAGCAGCGCCCGGCCGUGCAUCUGGUUGAGACCCCGGGUUUACCCAUUGCGGCAGACGACGGAGGCUGGACGGGAGGCGGUAUCGUGCCGGGAACCGGGGGACAGGAGACCCUACAGGCCUGGUUGGGAUGGGAGAAGGGACGAGACUACCAAGUACGAUCCGAUGGGACACUGCUGCAGAUUGCAGCCGAAAGCAAGGCGAAACUGUGA